CGCAAUGUGAGAUGACUAAGCGCCGCAGCCAUCGGCGAAGCCCCUUUUAAUCCCUCUGCUCUGUUUGCGUGGUGAAGUUUGUUUCUGCGCGGUCGGUUAUCUUCGUUUUGCAAAAUAUGCAAAAGAGAGGGACGAAACGUUGUCGCGUGCAGCAGUUGUUGAGUUUCAGUGGCCUUUGUUAAAAUACCCAGCCUCCCACAGUUCAGCAGUUUCAGCAGCGGUUCUCUUGGCCUGGUCGGUCACGAAUGGCUUCAGUGUGGCAGAAAAAGUGUUGAGGCAUGCUUUUUGUUUCACGAAGCCUCUGUUGCCGUGGCAUUGGAACGUACCAUCUACAAACAAAUUUACUUACUAGGUCCAUCAAGCUUUCAGCCUCUGAUACAAUGGCCUUUAGACACAAAAACACAAGACGAAUUGAAGGCCUUGAUAGCAAUGUGUGGGUUGAAUUUACAAAGGUGGCAGCAGAUCCUUCAAUUGUUAAUCUUGGUCAAGGCCUCCCUGAUAUAUGCCCUCCCAGCUAUGUUAAAGAAGAACUGGCAAAAGCAGCAGCAGUUGACAGACUGAACCAGUACACACGAGGCUUUGGGCAUCCAUCGUUGGUGAAAGUCUUGUCUAAAGUAUAUGAGAGAGUUUGUGGAAGAAAGAUUGACCCUCUCACAGAUAUCCUGGUGACAGUAGGAGGUUAUGGAUCUCUCUUUAGUACAAUACAGGCUUUAAUUGAAGAAGGCGAUGAAGUAAUAAUAAUAGAACCAUUUUAUGACUGUUAUGAACCAAUGGUAAAGAUGGCGGGUGCAAAGCCUGUUUUUAUUCCACUGAGAUAUAAAAAUGGUGGAAACUCUGCAUCCAGUGCUGAUUGGGUCUUAGAUCCAGCUGAACUUGCAAGUAAAUUUAAUUCGAAAACAAAAGCCAUUAUUCUGAAUACCCCACACAACCCUAUAGGCAAGGUAUUUACCAGAGAAGAACUCCAGAUAAUAGCUGAUCUCUGUAUUAAACAUGAUACUCUGUGCAUCAGUGACGAGGUGUAUGAAUGGCUGGUGUACAAGGGAAAUAAACAUACAAAAAUAGCUACGUUGCCAGGUAUGUGGGAAAGAACAAUAACUAUAGGAAGCGCUGGGAAAACAUACAGUGUAACUGGUUGGAAGCUUGGUUGGUCUAUUGGCCCUCAGAAUCUGAUUAAGCAUUUGCAAGUAGUUCAUCAAAAUACACUAUAUACUUGCCCAACUCCAUUACAGGAGGCUUUGGCACAAGCACUUUGGGUAGACUAUAAACGCAUGGAUGACCCAGACUGCUAUUUUUACUCUCUGCCUCGAGAGCUGGAAAGCAAGCGUGAUCGGAUGGCUCAGCUACUUCAAGAAGUUGGGCUGACACCUGUCAUUCCAGAAGGAGGAUACUUUAUGAUUGUUGAUGUUUCUACAUUAAAUGUGGAUCUCUCUGAUGUAGAUGAGAAUCAACCUUAUGAUUAUAGAUUUGUCCGAUGGAUGAUAUCAUCUAAGAAACUCUCAGCAAUUCCACUUUCAGCAUUCUGUGGGCCCGAGACAAAGAGGCAAUUUGAAAAAUAUAUACGUUUUUGCUUCAUUAAGAAAGACAGCACUCUGGAUGCAGCUGAAGUGAUCCUGAAGAACUGGAAGAAGCAGAAAGCUUGAUUUUUUUUUAUUUUUAUUUUUUAAUUUUUUCUCUUAAUUAACUCUUCUGUCUGGUAUAAUUAUCUUACAUCAGGGCUUUUGUUGCAGACUUAAGAACAAAUUACUUAAUACAGUACAGAAUUAAUAUGAUAUUGUAAAUAACUUCGUACUGCCACCUGCUGAGGAGUUAAAACAAUGAUUUACUGAUAUUUGUAAUGCAGCUCAAGUUAUUUUCACAUGUCUUUGUCUUACUGAAAUGUGAAGAGUUCUAGAACUGCAAAAUAAAAAAUUGUUGUAGGUAUUCUAAGUUUUUUUUGGUAUGAGGUGGUGGAAAAUUACUGUAUGUCUCAGAGAAGAUAACCACAGUGCCUUUCUAUGUACCUGUCUACUCUGUCCAUGCAUAGAUUGCAUCAGUUUAACUAAAAUGAUUGAGUUAAAUCAAUUAUGUGUUUAUACAGGCAAGAUCUAAAGGAAUAAUCAGUAUUUGGUUUUCCCAUAGUAGUCUUGUGCUAUUCUGAGGGUAUUCAGUCCUCAAUAAAAUUAUGCAAGUGGCAUUUAGAAUAGGAUUUCUUUUAUUUCUAGACUCUUGUUUACUCCAUAAAUGAAUCUGCAAAGCAAAAUAAAAGGACUUGCUAUAGAGGCAUCUCCAUCAGGUGAAUUAAUCCUAUGAUCUCUUUUUUGCUCUUUUCAUGUCCACAAAAGCCACUGGUAACUUCACAACAAUCCUACUUUAAACUCUUAAGAUCAAGUGGGAACAUGGAGAUGGGCCUGAUAUAGUGCUGUAGUUCUGUGAUACUAUGGAGCUCAACUUUGACUAUUCCUAGCUCAGUGGCUAAAGGACAGGUUCAGAUGAGGUAAAUGUGGAGAGUUCUUUCAUUGUUGUCUCCUCUCUAUGCAAUCUUUUAAUCUCUGGGUAGGAUUUCCACUAGCGAAAGCAAUCCAAGUAUGUAACCUUUUAAAUGUGUUGUAUUCUUCAUGUUCAUUUGGUAUUCAACCCACAGACCUUAUGCUGGAAAGCUCAAAGAAAUUCUGUUGCUAGAUUUGCAACUAUUUUACUUAUUCUGUGGUUAUAGAGCUGGAAUCCAGCUGAAUUCCAGCGGUUUGUGACUAUGGACAAGGACAAAAAGAAUCGUAUGGAAAUCAGACUGUGAUCUGCUAGGCUGCUUUAUCAGUAGCCUAGUAGCUGGGUCUUUUCAGCUGCCUUGCACUGUUGUUCUCCAGAUCUCCCCACAAAAAUGGUUAGUUGCAAUUUUCAAGAAGUCAUUACAAGUAAUAUGUAUACAGUGAUGAUAAAAAUAAUAUCAAAAGAGACUUCUAAAUAAAGAUCAUUGCGUCAUGCUAGUCUGAAAUACAACUGCAAAAAAGCACAGUUCUCUGAGUACUUCUCCAACUAUUCUAACAGUCUAAGAUUCCCCUGAGAUAGCUUGCUGGUAGCACGAGAACAUGCAUGUAAUGAGGCUGUGCAUCUCAGAAGCGGAAAGGUGUUAGGAUGCUACUCGCCUCCCUUUACUGUGUUUAUAUUGCCUUGUGAACAAAAGCCUCAUUGCUUCCGAAGCACUUGAUGUAAUCUGCUAAUUUUUUUUUGUGUCGUUAAAGGUCUGGACAUGUAAGAUGCAUUGCAGAAAUGAAUUGAUAUACCAAGUGUGAUUCAGCUGCUCUGGCUGUUGAUCGUUGCCUCCAUUUGCUCCUAUGAGGCAUUUGACUGACAUCUGAUAUUUUAACAAAAUGAACAUUGGCUAAAUAAAUGAUUGCAAAGGAUCUUUAGACAAACAAGUAAGAUCUG